GGAAUAAUGACGCAGGAGAAAGGUCAGUGAUGAGGAUUUAAGGCGGACAGGCAGCAGAGACAUCCUCAACACACCUGCUGAUCCUGAAACAACCACACUCCCACUUCAUCUCCAUCAUCAUCACCAUGAAGUCGCUCAGUGUAUUUCUCACAUUCUGCACCCUUCUGAGCCUGAGCCGAGCCAACCACCUGUUCAACGGCAGCAAGGACGAUGGCCUCUGCGAGCAUGUGAGGGAGCACAGCCAAGACAGCCACAUUGGAGAGUUUGUCCCACAGUGCAACGACGACGGGAAUUUUCUCCCGCAGCAGUGCUCAGGGUCGACUGGGUACUGCUGGUGCGUCAAUGUCUUCACCGGAGAGGAGAUACCAGACACGAAGACACCACCAGGGAGCACACCUGUUGACUGUGACGAUGAAUUCUACUGUCCCAAGGGCUGGACCCGGUUUGGCAAACAGUGUUUCAUCUUCAUCGACAGCGAGAAGACAUGGCCUGAAGCCGAGAGUUACUGUCUGUUUGAAGACGCCAACCUGGCAUCAAUCCACAGCGCUGAGGAGAAUCACUUCGUCCAGGCUUUGACCAGAGGAGACUCCCACGAGUUCCCUGAAACCUGGAUCGGUGGCUUUGAUGCCAUACCUGAUGCUUUUUGGAUGUGGAGUGAUGGCUCCAAAUUUAACUAUGAGAACUGGGCCGAGGAGGAUGAAAAGGAGGAAAAUGAGCACUGUCUGAAGAUGAAUUAUGAAGAAGAUUUGAAGUGGGAACCUGAGUCAUGCAAUGAUACACUUCCAUUUGUUUGUGCCAAGAGGAUCUGAACUCAGACCCACCAAUCAAAAACCAUCUGACAUGGACGCAACUGACAGGGUCCACAUGUUGGAUCCAACAGUUGGAGUAAUGUUUUCUCUCCAAAAUCUGUUCUUGUCCUUGUUUUCUGUCCUUGUCUUUCAUUAAUGGAUGUGAUACACAUGUCGCUUUUUGAAAUAAGUUUUGUUUGCAAACUGUGUCAACCCAAGAUAUGGUUCUGGUCUGGCUAAUCCAACUGCACUGAUUCAGUCCAGAUCCAUCCAUCUGAAUUCACUGUUGG